AUGGCUCUAUUGGAAAUUAUACAGAAUAAAAUCACCAAGUUCGGCCUUGUGCCGCGGUUGGUCAAAUCUUUACCCAAGGUGUCUGUCUUUCUGGUAUUGUCCAGUAUAUUAUGGUUGGUGACGCUCCCACUCAAUGGACAGUUUAGAGAGACUUACAUUUCCGAGAAUGCAUUGAUGCCCUCACAAGCGUAUAGUUUUUUUAGAGAAUCAGAAUGGAAUUAUUUAAGAGGCUAUCGAGAUGAAAUUUACCAGCAUAAGUUGGAUCCAAUAGAAGAUCGUAACGAUAUGCUAGACGACUGGCUUAAAGAGAUCGGUUACAAGACGGCCCGACUCAAUUAUACAGAACCGCAGACAGGUGAGUUCAAGCCAACUUUGUAUGCCAUUUAUCAUGCUCCUAAAGGUGAUGAUACUGAGGCCAUCGUUCUGGUGGCUCCUUGGCAUACAAGCGAUGGUAUUAUCAAUCUUGGUGGUGUGCCCCUUGCGAUCAGUUUGGCCCGGUAUUUCCACAGAUUGUCCAUCUGGGCCAAGAAUAUUAUAGUGGUAUUUCCUGAGGAUGGUCAGGAUACCUUGCGCAACUGGAUCAAUGCAUAUCAUACAAGUAUGGAUCAGACUGGUGGCUCCAUCCUCAGUGCUAUUGUCAUGGAAUAUGCCAGUGGAGGCGAUGGCAUUGACUAUGUAGAAGUGGAUUAUGCCGGCUUGAAUGGUCAGCUUCCUAAUUUGGACCUUGUCAACUCUGCAGUUAUGAUUAGUGAUCAUGAGGGUCUGAAAGUGUCUCUUCAUGGUGCUCCAAGGGGACAGCUUUGGGCAGAUGAUUUCUCCAGUAGGCUUACAAUGAUUUUGCAUGCUGUGUUCGAUUACGCUCUCACGGGACUUCUUCCACCUGCUGGAAAAGGUGGUGGUAAUGGAUGCGAGGCUUUCAGUGGUUGGAAUAUUCAGGCGAUUACUUUGCGUGCCGUGGGUGAUGGUGAUCAUGAUGUCACUACUUAUGGCCGUGUUGUCGAGGCCAUGUUCCGUUCAGUGAACAACUUAUUAGAAAAGUUUCAUCAAUCUUACUUUUUUUACCUACUGCUAGGUCCAAGUUCAUUUGUUUCUAUUGCGACUUACCUUCCCGCAGCUGUGCUUGCUGCCUCUGCCUUCGCUAUUGCUUCUGCUUCUUCCUUGUUGGGUAACCACAAUGUUUCCAAUGCUAAAUUUCAGUUUUCACCCUCGUUUGUUGCACCUUCUUCUUCACAUUCUGCAAUUGCUGCUUUAAUCGGUUUUGUGACUGCUCUCUCAGUCUCUGUUUUUGCAGGGUUGAAAUUACAAUCAUUGUCUCAGACGAGUCCCUAUAACAAUGAAACUAUGCGGCUGUACAGUAUGAUAACUUAUAAGGUGUGCGUGAUUCCUUCAUUUAUAAUCACCUUGUGGCCUGUCAUAUCGUCUUACACUAUUUCCCUGAAAAAAUCCAGAGUCACUAACGACACUGUUCGUCUUCUCAAUGCAUUCUCACUUUUUUAUUUUGCAUUCACUUUGAUUGCCUUGUUGGUGCUUCAUUUUUCUCUUUCCUUUGUCAUUUCGUUGGUUAGUCUACCCCUUGUCUUUGUGCGUUAUGGACCUAAUAACGAUAAAAAGACUAGAUGGUGCUCAUCUUUAUGUCUUUUGAUGUCUUGUCCAUUCAUGUGGAUUUGCAUAUUGGGUGUUUUUAGCAAGACAAACUUUCAGUUGGAUAGAAUUCGAAAUUUGCUUCAGUACUUCCGGAUUGAUCUUUUAAGGAAAGAGAUACAGUCGGUGAUUGACUGGUCUGAUGCUGUGGAUCUGGGUCAGUUGUUGCAGGGACCGGUGGAUUUGUUUUAUGGACUCAUCAGUGGUUACCCAAGAUUCCAGAAUUGGACUUGGUUGUUUUUAGUGAUAAGUUGGAUUCCUGCAUGGAUCUCAACAUUGCUCGUCAGUGGUAUCGACGUGGAAUCAAGUGAUCUUCAGGUGGAAAAGGAAAAGGACGAGUAA